UUUCUUUACCAUACCUACAAUUUGAAUUUAAUUUUAAAAGUAAAUCCUAAAAUAAAAACAUAAUUUUAAAGAAACAAGAUUCAAAUUUCAGUACAUUCGAAGCCAUACGUAAGUUCGGUCUGGGGUACUGUGACCUGCCGACAAUGCUGUGGAACGUCGCGUUUCUCCUGAGAGGAAUCACUCUUAAUAUCGACAGCCGGCAUAAGAAACGCAUUCCAUUCAUCCUCUACGUGAUAACAGUGGUGAUAACCCUCUCCUACUUCUACGUGUUCCUGGUGUCGAUGGCUUGGUUCGUCUUCAUCCGCAGCCCUCAGACAGGAGACCUACUGGCCGCCAUGGUGGUCCUCUCGCUUGGUAUCUCCAGCGAGAUCGGCACUCUUAAAUUCUUCUACACUUUUGUUUAUAUAAACAAAGUGCAAAAGAUCGUCAAAGACUACUUGGAGUGCGACUCCCUGAUCGUGCCAGGUAGCCGCUUCUCAGGCAACUUGCUGCGGGCCUUAAGAAACGUGAAGAAACGCGCCAUCGUCUACUGGCUCGUGAUCAUCAUCAACGGCAUCACCUACGUCACCAAGCCGAUGUUCAUGCGCGGGCGACAUCAUAUGGAAGACCGCUAUGUUAUUUAUGGUCUAGAACCGAUGUUCGAAAGUCCAAAUUACGAGUUCGCUUACUUCCUGAUGACCGCUGGACUCUGCUUCAUCUGCUACCCUCCAGCUAACGUCACAGUAUUCCUUAUAGUAGUCGUGGGAUACACUGAAGCACAGAUGCUGGCUCUUAGCAAAGAACUUCUGCACCUGUGGACCGACGCCAACGAACACUAUCAAAAAAAUAUAAAUCAACACGAAACCACUCUAAUCAAUGCUCAAGCAUCUAAAAACAAAAUCAUCAACGAUUACGUCAGAUACCGUCUCAAAGAGAUUAUUAAAAUGCAUGCUUUCAAUAUACAUUUAGUAAGACAGGUUGAAUUCGUAUUCAGAGGAGCUAUUGCUAUAGGAUACGUCUUUCUCACUCUUGGACUAAUCGCAGAAUUGCUUGGUGGAUUAGAGAACACUUAUCUACAAAUACCAUUUGCUUUAAUUCAGGUUGCAGUGGAUUGUUAUACUGGACAGAAGGUUACUGAUGCAAGCCUGAUUUUUGAAAGGGCGGUCUAUGAUUGCAAAUGGGAGAAUUUCGAUAAGAUGAAUAUGAAAACUGUGUUGCUGUUACUGCAGAAUUCGCAGAAGACCAUGACAAUAUCAGCGGGUGGUAUAACGAUGCUGAACUUUAGCUGUUUAAUGUCUGUUAUUAAGUCUAUCUAUUCAGCCUAUACCACGCUGAGGACCACAAUGAAGUAGAACAAAUAAUAUCACUUAGUUCUAGUUUUGAAGCUUCUCCUGAAUGAAGCUUAUUGCAAAUUAAAAUGAAGAGUCUAGAUGUUUAUUAUUAUAUUUAUAAGCACAUAAAAAGUAGAAAUAAUAUUUGCAAAGAAAGUAGUUGAAAUAAAUAUAAACGCUUGGUUUCAUUUUACAACUGGGAUAUGAAAGUUUUUCAAUUUACUCGCGUGGAAAGUUUCAGAUGAAAUAUGAAACAACCUAAAAAAAUACCUUACAAGAAAUAAACUUUUAAAAUGUAUAUCCUUAAGACACAGACCUGAG